GGUUGACUCGAUACGAUAAACUCAGAAGAAGUAGAGGGGAUAACGUUCAUUUUCGGAGCCUUAUAAGAUGCAUCCCGAUCGUCCGGAUGCAGAUUUAGCUAAAAGAUCUACCGAGUCCCUUUCUUGCUGUUCCUCAGAAAUCUACAACAUCAACAUGGCUGUCAGAUUUUACAGCUUCACGUUACUUUCCAUCGCGUUGAUCCCGGACGCGUUCACCAUUCGGAUCGUAUCGUUCGAUUCGAAAAUGAAUUACCACCCGGACAAGUUUGAUGAUAAUAUCAUCAGACGUUUCUACGCAGACAAGUGCCCCGACGAGGAUGGCGUUUCAUACAGCAAUCUGAAUCUUACGACAAUACCAAAGAAAAGUAUAGUCAGCAAACACAUCAAAUCCGUCUCUCUAUUCGGCAACCAGCUCACGAAGAUACCCGUUCAAAUUUUCGCCGACGCUCCAAAUAUAGAAUGCAUGGACCUGGCGAACAACAACAUUUUGAGUUACGAGAUGCCGUUAGGUUCCGGGCACAGCCAAUUGAAAAAGCUGAUCCUGAACUAUCAGAGAACAUGCGGUCAUGCAGAGUUAUUUUCAAGGCUGGGCGAAUACUUUCCGAACUUGGAGGUUCUUCACCUGAAUGGAAUUCACAGAGAACCCUGUGACCCACGCAACAAAUUACCAGACUUAUCAAGAAACAAGCAUUCGCUUGUUCGCCUCCAUAUGCUAUACCUCGCAGAUAACCAGCUGUCUGACCCUGAUGUCAUACUUAACAGUAUCAUGCCCAUAACGGUGAGAACGUUGCAUCUCGAAAAUAAUCUUAUCUCUAGUUUCAAGGUAUUAAAUCUAAACAGCUUGGAGGAAUUGCAUUUAGACGGGAAUUCUAUUCGUGAUUUUACACUUGAGUUUGACAGAAAUCUGAAAAAAUUAUCGCUGCGCCGAUGCAACUUGAGCGACUCGUCUAACGUGAUGUUGAACGCGAUCUCGUUAGAAACGCUAGAUUUGUCGGAUAACAUGUUCCAGAGUUCGCUCCAUUUAUCAGAGGAGUUGUUGGGGAACGUGCCAAAUUUAGUAGAACUGGCAUUGAGGCAUAACAAGUUAACGGAAGUGCCGGACCUGCAACACCUAGGGGAACUGAAGAAACUAUCGCUGAGCCAUAAUUCGAUAAAGACCGUCAGACAGGUGACGACCACUUCCCUUGAAAUACUGAGCCUCCGAAGGAAUGAAAUAAGCGAAAUCGAGGUGGACGCUUUCUCGAAGCAUUCCUACCUGAAGGAGCUUGACCUGUCGUAUAACAGGUUGCAAUACCUGCCACACGAAUGGUCGUAUGGGCUGACGCAGCUGGAAUUCCUGAGUCUAAGGGGUAACCUGUUCUCAACCGUGGCACAUAUGGAACUCCCGCCAACGCUGAAGCAUUUGUACGUCGAACAGAAUUCUAUGGGAAGCAUCGAUGAGAAUUCUAUACAGACCCUACCUGUCGAUUGUAAUAUACAUGUGGCCUCCAAAGUUCCACAGUUCCAAAGUUUAGAAAUUUCGAAGUUACACAGUUUAAAAACUUCAAAAUUCCAAAGCUCUAAAGUUCCACAGUUCCACAGUUCCACAGUUCCACAGUUCCACAGUUCCAAAAUUUCAAAACUUCAAAGUUCCAAAGUACCAAUGUCCCACAAGUUCCAAAGUUUAAAAAUUUCGAAGUUCCACAGUUCCACAGUUCCAAAAUUUAAAAACUUCAAAGUUCCAAAGUACCAAUAUCAUAGAAAGUUUGAUAUCGAAAAAUGCGAAUUUUGUGAUAUUGUUACACCAAAUGAAAUGGCAACGAUGGCGAUGUGUCUACGAUGUGUCACCGUUACGUUGUUGCUCGGUUUGCUGGCUGCCAAUUAUAAUAGUAGCAAUCUUGUGGAGGGUUUUAGCGGUGAAUCCAACAAUAACAUUGUACCUAACAAUUAUGAGAUACGAUAUUCGGACUUCUAUGAAUCACCUCACGACUUAUCCGUCUAUCAUCCAACUCCCAGCAAACCGUCUCCGCCUACAAAAACGGCCACCACCACUGAAUCUCCAGUUGAUUGCAGGCACCCCAAUGUGGAGCUGCGUUUCACGCGAUCAGGCCUGCGGAGGAUCAGCGUUGGGUCCUUCAGUAGCCCGGCAGUGGUCAAGCUGCACCUGGACGACAACAAUAUCACCGAGGUGUCAUGCGGCGCGUUCGAAACGCUCCCGAAUUUGAGGAUAUUGAACAUGUCCGCCAACGAGAUCUCUACCUCUAGGCUCCUCUCGUUCGGGAAACACGACUUCUUGCGCGUCUUGUAUCUAGACAGCAACAAGUAUCGUGAAGAGAACGCAGAAUUGUCGGAGAUCUGCGGCUCGUUGCCGCAACUGCAGGAGCUGUAUCUGAGAAACGACGGUAUCUCGCGUUUCGGCGUCGCGAUAACGACUUUUGCGCCACGAUUAAGACUCCUCCACCUGGACAGGAACCGGAUAGAGUCGACGGAAUUCCUCGUGAACGUACCCGUUUCGCUGGCGUAUCUGCACAUGGAUGACAACCGGAUACCGAGGAUCGAGAAAAAUCAUCUUAAGAACGUCGAGGAACUAUCUGUAAGCGGGAACGCGAUCACCCAGUUGUGCAGGAGCGACUGCGAUGGGAACUCGUCCGUGCUCUUCCUAGACGGCGCGGUUAGGCUGAGGAAGCUAAACGCGUCCCGGAACCUCAUCACGUACGUCGCGGAGGACGCAUUCAAGGACGCGAAGGCCCUUCAACAGUUGGACCUGUCCGGCAAUAGAAUAGAAAAAUUCGCGAGCUUCGUGUUCCAUACGUUAGAGAUGAUCACGGAUUUGCGGCUGAGCAACAACCGUCUGACGUCGGUACCGAGCAUCAGCUCGUUGGUGCAUUUGAGACAUCUGGAUCUUAGCGGCAACCAGAUCAUCACCAUUUCAUGCGAGAGCUUCCAGUUCCUGAAGAAAUUGGAAACGCUGCUGCUCGCCAACAACCUUUUGAACAGGAUGUCGGUGGACCAUUUCAAAAAGAUGAUCAGUUUGCGGACGAUGGACCUGUCGGGCAACCAGUUCAUAGAUCUGCCCACAAAACUGUUAAGCAAUUCGCCGUCGCUGAGGGUGUUGCGUUUUAGGAACAACAAGAUCAAGGACCUUGCCCCGCUUAGGGAGGAGCAGUCCAGCAGCAUUUUCGAGCUGCAUCUUCAGGAAAAUCCGCUGCUACAUGUGAGGGUGGCUAUGUUGCACCCUGGUCGACUGCCGCACCUGGUGCUGUACUUGAAGGACGCGAACGAGAGAUAUUGCGCAGACGACGACGAUGAAGGGAAUAAGGACGAUGAUAAGGACAGCGACGAGGAUAGUUGGACAUAACGUUCCCCGUUUCUAAGUAUCCCGAUGCGACUGCAAUUGGACCGGACCGCAUUCGGAACAUUUAAGCGACGAUCGACGACAAUCGGUGGCCACCGACUCGAAUGAUUAUUCAUCCGCUUUAACAGUAUUAAUUACUAUUAAUCAUUGUCAAUUAUUAAUCUGCCUUGAUGCCGGCGUCCAUGUACGAAGA